UCUCCAUCUUGACCAUUUUCAACCAGUUCAUCGACUGUUUCCCAUCCCCUUUCGAGCAACUGCUAAUUUCUAGCCUCCACCAUGGCCACUCCCUCGGACACCCCAGACGAGCUUGUAAUCCCAUCCGGUCCCUUCUGGGACACCCUGGACCCCGUCAUCAGCAGCGCGGUCGCCUUAUGCUUCACUCCCCAAGAGCUCGAAGACCUAAAGCUCGACCCGUCUGCCUCCAACCCCGCCAAACUGCAUACUCUUCAAGAAGCUCUCACCGAGAAGCUGCUGACGCUCGAAGCCGCCUCUCAGCCCUCGACCCUGCACGAGCAGAACUACAACCAAUGGCAGGACUUAAAAUCAAGCCUAUUCCACGUCCACCGAGGCCUCGGCGAUAAGGAAGAACAGGAGAAGAUCCUGCUCGAGAUGAUCAACACGCCCAGUGCCGCGGGACGGGACCUAGCAGCCCUGCACAACCUCUCGGCGCUGUGCGAGGAAAAAGGCGAAUACGAGAAAGCUGAGCGACUGGCGCUCGAGGUCUUACCGGCGAUUCAGGGCCAUGCGCUCCUUGGAGCAGCGAGCCCCCAGGCCUUGGGUAGUCUUCGGGUGCUGAUCAAGGCGAUGUGGGGACAGGGAAAGACCGCCCAGGCUGACGACUAUGUGAAACAGGCGAGCGCGAGCAUUGAUAACCUGGUAGGCACGCCAUUUGCAAAAUAUCAGCAGGAGGAGAGAGAUGCUUUGGUGGAAGUGAUGGCUGGUAUGAAGUCCAAGUGAAAGUGGUAAAAUCUUGGAAAGCUUUUUGGUUACUUGUCUUGAUGAUUUACUACGGAAAUAAUGUGCAUAUGAUGAAUGAGUAUCUUUA